UUGUUUUUUAAAACUCCAUUUGAGGUACUACUUUGUCCUGCUGUAUGCACGAUAUUGGUCCUUAGCGACGAACGCCUUGAUGGAGCACGAUUCUGGUUGGAGUACUGGAUAGUUUACGCCGUGAUCACGUCGCUAGGAAGAGCGUUUAAAAGGCCAUCAGAAGACAAUAAUGAUCUGAGCUGGAUGGAAGUCGUAUUUUUCACUGCAUGCCUAAUUCCUGCAACUUAUUUGACUGAUUUUGUUAUUGCAUGCAUAAUGCCGCUUAUUCAACAAAAUACGACUCAAAUUCGAUGA